AUGGAUUUAAACCCUAACUCCUUAAAAAUGGAUAAGAAGUAUAUCAAUGACUAUAAUAGUUUAGAAAAAAAUUAUUAUUUUAUGAUAAAAGAGUAUGAAACUAUAUCAAGUUCAAGAAGCAACAUUGCAAAUUUUCGGAUUAUAAAAAAUUUGCUAAUCAUAAACAGUAUAAUAGAUGGAGUGAAAAAAAAACAUCUUAUAGAAACUUUUGAAAAUUUGGAUAAAAACUUAGUAUUAAUAUUAAAAAAAAAUAAUCACAAUUUUAUUUUAAAACUAUUAAAAGUAUGGUAUAUAAAACUAUAUGCAUGUAUAGACUAUAAUAUCAAUAAGCAUUUUAAUGAAAUAUUCGAGAUUACUUUUUAUAAAAGUUUAUCUAAUCCCCUUUCCGAAUCAAAAAUCAUAUAUGAAAACUUAUCAAAAAAUGUAAUUUUGCUAACUUCUUUGGUUUUGUCUAAAUUCAAAUCAGCGAUAAUCCCUCAUAUUCCCUCCUUAAUCGAAUACUCAAAAAAGGUAAAGCGAUCAAACAAUGCAGAAUUGAAAUAUUUUUAUUUUUUGUGUAUGAAUAAAAUAAUAAAAACACUAUCAAUAAAUAGUGUAGAAAGUGAAAAAAUAUAUAAGCUUAUGAAAAGAGAAAUAAGUGAUAAAGAAGAAUUGAGUCAAAGUAAAAUAAUAAAAUGCCUUAGAAAUAUUUUUAUAGUUCAUCCUGAAUAUUCUAUUAUAGAAUGUGAAUAUUUUAUAAGUUAUAUAAUUGAUAGUAUAAAUUUUAAUAAAUACAAAAAUAUAAUAAAUGUUAAAUAUAUUAUUAAAUUGGCUAGUGUUAUAUUCAGUAAUUUGGUUAAUAUAAAAUAUAAUAAAAGUAAUAAUUUAUUAUUAAUUAAAAAUAAUGUAAAAGAAAAUAUUGAUGGUAUAGAGGAUAUACCUGAAAUAACAAACAAUAAAUUUUAUGAUAAAAAUAAAAGAAAUGAAUAUGAUGAUGAAAAAAAAAAAUCCUAUUUUUUUACAGAUAUUUUAAAAAUAGCAACAGAUGAAAUUAUCUCAAAAAUAAAUAAAAUAAAAGUAGAAGAAAAAGAGGAACAAAAUUAUGUUAGCCCAGAAAAUAUUAAUGGGUUUUUCUUUCAAAAUAAUAACGAAUUUAAUAAAAAAAUUAUAAAAAAAAGAAAAAACCCUUUGUCUAUUUAUAAUUUCCAAUCAUUCAUUAAUUAUUUCAAAAAUAUUAUAUUAAAUAUUUUUUCAGAUACUUAUCAUGAUUACACAUGGGUAAAGAAGUUAUAUUUUUUAAAAGUCCUUGAAAAAUAUAAUUAUUUUGAUGAAGUAGUAUUAUAUAGUUUUCUUAUCAUGAGCAAUGCUCAUCGAAAUUGUCAAAAAGCCAAAUUUAAUAAAUAUGAGUUUUUUAAAACCACAAAAAACCAAGAAAAGUUAUCAUCGUAUUCCUCUACAAAUGUUAAUCAAGAUAAUUUUAUAAAUCACUUAUUAGAAAUAGAUUAUAAGUUUAUGAUGAAUAGAGAAGAAAUAAAUUGUGAUGAAUUAAAUGUAACACCUUCUGAAGAUAAACGAGUUUUAAAAAUAUAUAAUUCUUUGAUCCAUAAUACUUUAUUGAGAAUAAUUUUAUUUGAAUCCUUUAAAAAUGUAUUAUUUUGUUCUAAAAAAUUUUCGGAAAAAUCAAUAAUAAAAAUUAUAAAAUAUUUUCUCAGCCUUAUAAAUACUGUCUGUUCAAAUUGUGCAAAAAAAAAAAACUUAAAAUCCCCUUUAUAUACAAACAAUAUUUCAAACUGUUUUGAAAUAAAGCAUUUGAUAUUUUAUUCAAUAAAAAUAAUAAAACAAUUAAUUAGACACCGAAAAAAAGACACUUAUACAAUAAUAAAAGAAAAAAAAAAAAAGUUACAACGAAAUGAAAAAUGUAAAAAUAGCUAUAAUCAAAAAUAUGAAAAUAAUUCCAAAAACUUUUGUGAUGAAACUAGCGACGAUAAUAUAUUUAUAAGCCGAAAAAAUCACAAAAGUGUAGAAAGAAAAGAAAAAAAAUCUGUUGAUAAAAACGAAAAAGCCUCUAACAUUCCUCGAGAUGAAAAACGUAAAGAUAUGUUAAGAAAAGACUCUUUAAGCAAUUCUACUUGUGUUAAUAAAACAAAUUUAGAAACACAAAAUAUAAGGAAUGAAGAAAAUAGUGAUUGCAAGAAAGGAGGUAAAGGAAAUUAUGAAAACGAUGAUUUAAAAGGAAAAAUAAAUAGUGAUAUAUAUGUGAAAAGGUGUGAUGAGGAAGAUAAAGGGAUAAUGAAAAGAAAGUCAAUGGAGGAUAAUAAUGAUGCAGAUGAAGAGAAUGAGGGAAUAGAAAAACAAUCGCUUGAAGAUUUAAAGAUCCGUAUUUUCUUAGAAAACCAAAUAAAGAAUUAUCUCAUAUUAAAUAAUAACGUAGCAAGUGAUGUAAAUGAAAGAAAAAAAAAUAACAUCAUACUAAAAGUUUUAAUAAUUUUAUAUAAUGAAAUUAUAAUAAAUGAUAAUAUAGAAAAAGAAAAAUAUCGAAAAUAUGAAAAACUUAUUAAAAAUAUAAUAAAUAACAUGAACGGUAUACAUAUUGAUAUAGAUAUAGUAAGAUAUAUUAUAAUUUUAUUUCUAAAUAUUUUUCAAAAAUUCCCAUAUUAUAUAUAUAAUUUAAUAUCACUAUUAGUUAAUUAUAUAACUAUAAUUAAUGCAAAUUUUAUGACCUCUUUAACAUUAGAUACAUUUGAUGAUGUGGAAAAGCAAGUCAGUAUUCUUAUAAUAAGUUCAGUUACAUUAAAAAAAAUUAUUUAUCAAUCUAUAUCAUUUUAUAAAAUAUAUCAUUUAGACAAUUUGAUAGUGUCUAUAUUUGACAUAUGUAAAUUGUUUCUAUCAAAAAGUCAAGUACAUCCAUUAAAAACAAUAAAUGAAUUAAGGAGAAUUAUCUCAUAUUCAUUAAUGCAUUCUAUAGUCUUCAUUAUAAUUAAUGAACUGAUUUCCACUGAGCAUUAUAGUAAAUAUUUUGAUCAAAGUAUAUUAGAGAAAAAAAAUAUUGCUACGACAAAAAGUUUAGAGGUAAAUAAUACCGCUUUUAGAAACUCUUUUUCAAGUUGUAAUAAUAUAAAAUAUUAUAGGGCUAUUUAUCAAAUAUUAUAUGGUAAUGCUAUUUUUCGGCUUUUGAUUGAUAUACUAAAUGAAAUGAUAAGUGAAGUUCAUAAAGACAGAAUAGAGUGUUUUGUUAAAUCUUAUGAAGAGCAGAUUAAAAAAAAAAAAAUGAACUCUUCGAAUUUUUUUCUAGUAGAUAAUUUAUUUAUUUUAGUAUAUGUUUUGAAAAUUAUUUAUAUAUUUUUAUCAUCUGAAAUUGUUACAUUUCUUUUUUUUGAUCAUAUAUACAAAAUAGUAAAUACUUUAUUUGAAUUAUUUCAUAAAUUUCAUCAUAUUACUAAAGAAUAUCAUCAUAGUGAUAAUUUGGAAGAAGAGAAUAAUGAAGAUCAAGUUGCUAAGUCUAUAUCGAAAAAUGACGACGAUGAAGAUACCAAAAAAAUAAAAAAAUAUUUGAGUACAAAUGCUGUAAUUCAAAAAAUGGAGAAAAAAAUUUAUAAUAAAAAUACUACUAAAAAAAAAGAAAUAAAAAUGUUUUACUUUUAUGAAUAUGGUUUUACACAAAUGUGUAGGUUGGUAAAUAUAGAAAACAUUCUUCUCAUAUUUGCUAUAUAUUUAAUAAAAAUUAUAUACAAAAUUACAAUUUUUAUAAAGUAUCAAAAACUUGAAAUAAACUUAGCCCCAGAAAAGGAAACGAAGAAAAAAGAGUUGAAUAAAUGUGAAACAGCCAAAGAACAUAUGAUAAAUUAUUCUAAAUCAAAUGAUAUAAAUAAUUGCAGUGGGAAUAUUGGUAAAUUAAAUUAUCCCAAAACAGAGUCUUUAGAAUGUAAUGAAAGGGAAAAAGAAUUAAUGAACAUAAAUGAAGCCAUAGCAAAAGGAAAGGAAACCGAAAAGGUGUAUUUUGAUUUUUUCCUAAAUUAUAUGAUUGAUUUUGUAAAAAAUAAAGAUAAAAAUGAUUUUAGCAAUUUGAUAAUAAGUAUAUUAAAAAAAGAAAAAAUUAAUUGCAAAAAAAAUAAGAAGAAAGCACAAAAUGAAAUUCCAAGCGAUUAUAAUAACAAAUCCCCAUUAUUAUAUGGCAACAUAGAAAAGUUAGACAUAUUAAAUAUUUUAUCAAACAAUUACAAUACAUAUUAUAAAUUAACAUUAAUCAAUAUAAUUGAAAUCCUCGAAUUAUAUUUAAAAAAAUCAAAAUUUUUCAUGAAAAUUAUUAAAAACAUAUCUAGGUGUAUUUUAAAUGUGGAUUUAAAUAGGAACGAAGUAAUGGUUUAUUUAUUAAUACUCGACAGAUUUUUAAAAAAUCAAGCGCAUAAUAAAAAUAAGGCCAAAUUAUUUAAACACAUAUUACCUAUAAUUAAAUUAUUAAAUCAAAUGAAUAACAACAAUGGCUUAUUGAAUGUGUUAAUCAUAAAACUUAUGGGAUAUUUUAUUAGUCACAAUAAUAGUGAAAUAAAUUCGCAUAUUAUAAAUUUGUCUAUAAAGCUUUAUAAUUUUUUUUCAAAGCACAUGAAUAAGGAAAAUAAUUUAUAUGUUAUUUUUUCCUUUUUAAUUAAUAAUAUAAUUUUAUCCUACUUUAAAAUAAAUGGUAAAAAAAAGACAACAAAAAGGGAACCAAUCAAUUAUUAUCAACAACCUUUUACCCUUGGAAAUAGUAAUAUAGAAAAAUAUAUAAACAUAAAAAAUAAUGAUAAAAUUGCGAAUAAUAAUUCAAUUCUUGAUAUUCCCUUUUUAAAUAUUUCUUCUAUUAUAAAACAAAAUGAAAAGGAAUUGAUUUUUAAGCUCGAUACUUCCAACAUAAAGCAUUGCACUAAUGCUUCUUCAACACAUAUUUAUUCAAAUGGUUUAACAGUAAACCCGAGCAAAAAUAAGAAAACAAAGAAAGGAGGAAAAAAAAAAAAUUUCAUUGCUCAAAAUAAAAAUCCCAAACAAAUCGAUAAAAAGAUAAAGACAGAAAAUGAAGAGAAUAAUAAUGGUAGCACAGUAUUAAACGAAGAAGAAAAUAACGAAAAUGCAUUAAUUAAUGAAAAAAAUAUUUUCAAACUAUUUGAUAUUUUGCUAAAUAUGCUAAAAAUAAUUCCGGAAGAAAAAAAUAUAUUUAUCUACGUUUUAAGAAAUUUUAAUUUGAUAAUAAAAAAAUCCAACGGAAAAAUUAGUGUAGACAGAAUAAAAGAUUGUUUAGACAUAAUUCUGGCAUAUAUAUUGAAAAAUGAAAAUAUGGAUAUUUACAAUUUUAAAAUUAAGAAAGCCAAAUGGGUAUUAGUGUUUUUCAACAAUUUAAUGAGAACUCUUAAAAAGAGAAUAAAAUUGGAAAAUAAAAAAAUACAUGAUACAAUAAAGAAUGAUACAAAUGAAAAUUAUAAAAAGAGUGUAAAACGUGUUAGAAAAAGUAAAAAAUAUUACAAAGAAAUAGAAAAACAAAUUUUUACAAUUUUUGAAAUAAUGCUUAAUUCUUUUGAAAAAAAAAUCAACAAACAGUUUUUUAAGAUAAUUAAUAGCUUGUUUGAUUUGUACAAAAAAAGUAAGAUGAAAAAGUUUAUGACCAAAAUUUCUAUUCUUAUACAAAAGACCAUUUUUGUUUCUAAUAAAACUAAAUUAAUAAAAAAUGCAAGCAUAUGUCUACUAAAACUGAUGAAGAAAAAGAUAUAUAUUCCUAUGCAUGAAAACUUCGAUUAUUAUAUUAUAGCUCUUUAUAAUUUCUUUAUUAAUGAUGAUGAUAAUGACAUAAAAAUGAUAAAGAAAUGUUUAUUUAAUAUAUUAAAAUAUAGGAUACUUAAAUAUGCAUUUUUUAACGUCAAGGAGUGGAUAAAUCUAUUUGAAAAUAUAUUAAAUGUGAAAAAUAUAAUUCAUUAUGAUAUAAAAAAAUAUAACAUUGAAAAUUCUGAAUGUGAUAAAAAUUCUUAUAACAAAAAUUUGGAUGAUACAAAAAACGACAAAGAAAAUAAUUUAUUAACAAGUGAACUAGUAUUAAAUGAGAACAAAAAAAAAAACGCUAUUUUUUACACAUCCAUAUUUAUUGAGAAUUUUUACUUUAACAUUCAUAUAGAUUUCUUGGAUGAAAAUUAUAUAAAAAGAAAUUUAAAUAAUAAAAAAUCAUUAUAUUUUAAUAUAUUUGAAACAAUGAACAUUCAUUACACAUUUUCAUAUCAAACUAAAUUAUUUGUUAUGAAAUUAUUAUUAUUUUUUUUGGAAUCAAUAACAUACUCAUCCUAUAGUUAUAUUCAUAAUGACUCCUAUUAUUCGAAUUAUUUAAAAAAGCGUCUUAAAGAAAUUAUAAUUUAUAAGGAUAAUCAAAAUAAAUUGCCAUCACGUGUUAAAGAAAUAAAAAUGGGUGGAAAAAUGAAUCAGAAUAUAGCCUUUCCUGUUGAUACAAACAAUUUUAAUGAAACAUCAAAUGGGCUUUCUUCUAAUGCUAGUGUUGGGAGCUUUCGAAACUCUAGACAAAAUAGUAAUGAAAAAAAUAACUUCCGAAAUAGAACCCAAGAUACUGAUAGUCUUGAUAAUAAUACAACUUCAAAACAUAUGAUCUAUAAUGACGAAAAGGAAAACACACAAUAUUAUAGUAGCAUAUAUGAAAAUAAAAAUUUAUAUAUAAAAAAUAAGGAUGAAAUGGUAAAGAGACUUGAAAAUAUUGAGCGCAUUAUCGAGAUAAGAGAAUGUUUAAGUAAUUCUCAAAAUAUAGAUAAAGGAAGCUUAAAAAAAAAUGUGAAUAUUGAAAAAAUUAUUGAUAAAUUUUCAUUAUAUGAUAAUUUUGAUGUAUUACUAAAAGUGAUAUUACAUAAUAUAAACUAUGGAAUAAAGUUUUAUAAAUUGUCUAAGCUUUCUAUCAAAGUAUUAAUUGUUUAUUUAAACAUUUUCAAAUUUUCUAAAAUUAUUAUUGAUGAGUUAUCUACUAAUAAUGAAAUUCUUUUAUUACAAAAUUAUGAAAUAAAUAUUUUGGCAUCUUUAAAAACAUAUUUCGAAUCAUUUAAAUAUAUAUAUAUUAAUGAUAAUAACAAGUAUGAAGAUGCAAAUAGUAUCAAAAAAAAUGAACGAAAUGGUGAAGCUCAACAAUUUUCUCAUUUCUUUUUAUAUCCAUUAUUUGAUAUAUAUAAUUUAUUUUUAUUUCUUAAUGAUAUAAAAUUGUGCAAUUCUAACACUAAACUUAUAAAAUAUUUUUUCCAUUUUACAAUAAAAGAUAGUACAAACAAAAUCAGUGCUUCAUUUGGAAAUAGUUGGAGCUGGGAAAGUGGAAAUACCAACAGUAGUGGUUGUCAAAGUAGUAUUGAUAAUUAUUCUGAAGGACUUACCGAAAUAAUAAAAAGUGCUAUUAAAUUAAUGAAUAAAAAAAAUGUAAUAGAUACAUCGCUAUUCUUUUCAGAAUUUGAUGCAUGUGUGUAUUUUCUAUUUAUUUAUAAAUCAUUUUGUUAUUAUAUUAUAAAUAAUGAAGAAGCUCAAAAUAAUUUAACAAAUUUUAACAUGAAUUGUGUUAUAAAAAAUCUUAGCUAUAUUUUAUACGAUACUAUGAUUUUGUAUUUAUGGUCAUCAGAAGCCAAUAAUAGUAAAAUACAAAAUGAAAAGGAUUUGAAUAUUAUUCAUAAUUUCUUUACAUGUGUAAAUGAAAAGGCUCGAUCUUUAUCUCUUUUUUACUUUUCUGCAUUCCCAAUUAUUAUUAAAUUUUUAAAUGUAGUAAGGAAGAAUAUAAUAUUGGAAAAAAAGUAUUAUUUUUUUUUUAGAACAUUUAUUUUGUUCAUACUUUACAUUUUGAAGGAUUGUAUAAAAAAUAUAAAUGAAAAAACACGAGAAAUAUAUUUUUCAUUUAUUUUUAAUUACUUAAUUUCGAUUGGCUGGACUGAAGAUGAAGAUAUUAAUGAGGUAAAAGAAAUUUCAUCGAGAGAUAACCAAAACAAUGAUGCAAAUUAUGAUAGUAAGGACAAUAAUAUAAAUGAACAGAAUGAGAAAUCCAACAACGAUGAGUCUAAUAUUGAAAAUUUCGAAAACAAUGAUCACAAAAAUAUUAAUAGUCUUGAAGAAAUGAAAAAAAAUGCAUUUUUAAGGACAACAUUACACUAUAUAUUAAAAUAUACAGUUUCUUAUAUAAAUGAGAAUAACUUACAUAUAGUAUUAGAAUUUAUAUCAGAGAUACAUAAUAAUAUUAUAGAAAAUAAAAUUGAAAAAAUAGAUAAGGUGGUAAUACAUAAAGUUUACACCCUAAGUAUAUAUGUUGUAAGCAAAUUUUUAAAUAGUAAAAAUAUUAAUAAUGUAGAGAAUGCAAAAUUAUUAUGGAACACAUUUUUAAAUUGUUAUAUUAUUUUAAACAAAAUAAAUGAUAGUAAAUUUAAAGAGAAAAUUAUAUUAUUGUUACAAAAAUUAUUUUUAGAAAAAAUGAACUUAUUAUUAGACGAAAAAUUGUUAAGUAAGUUAUUAAAAUUAUAUUUCCAAUAUUCUUCAAUAAAUAAUAUAAAUAAUUAUUUAACAAAAAUAAAACAAAAUUAUAAUGAACGUAUUAUAGACUUUUUGAAAAGAGAAGAUUUAAAAAAAUUAAAAUUGGAAUAUAUAAAAAUAAUUGUCUUUAUACACUUUGUUAGCUCUACUGAUAUGAUGGAUGAUACAUGUAAGUCUUAUUAUGACAAGCAAAGUUUGGAUUUGUUUAUAUCAAUUUUGAACAUAAUGAAAGGUAUGUAUUUUUAUGGAACAACGUACAAUGAAAUUAGCAGUACUAGCAAUACCCCUUGUAAUAAAAUAAACGAUAUAGACAUCAAACUUUCACACAUAAAUAAUAAUAGAAAACAUAUUAUUAUAUCCUCAAUAAAUAUUAUACAAAAUAUCUUAUCUUUAAUAAAAAAUAAUAAAGAAUCAUUUAUUUUUUAUUUUAUAUGUAAUGUGAUAAAAAAUGGAAUGAUGCCUAUAUUUAUAACAAAUUUUCCAAUAGACAAUACUUCACCAAAUAAAUUAAUAUCAAUCAAUUCCUAUAUAGAAGAUGUUAUUUGUUAUUCAAUAAAAGUAUUAAAAACCCUUUUUGAUGUAUUUUUUAGUAAUUUAAAUAUAACAAAUAAGAUAUUAAUUCCAUUUAUAACCUUUAUUUAUAAAGUUAUAGAUUUAUGCAAAAGGGAAAAUAUAACAAUAACAAAAAGUUAUUUAAUAUAUGAAAUAAGCCAAGAAAAACAUUGGGAUUUUUUAAACUAUCAAAACAACGAACUAAAUAAUUUUACAAAGUAUGAAAUAUAUAUUGCUGAUAAUAAUAUGACCUUAUAUUUUAAAGAAUCAAUUAACAUUUUUAGAAAUAUAGCAUUUAAAAAUCCAAACUUCUUUAAAGAUAUUCUUUCUCUUAUAAAUGCAAAAGAAAAAUUACUCAUAUAUAAUUUGAUAAAGGAAUCUAUUGAUUUAGAAAAACAAAAUAACCAAAAAGGUAAAAGCGUUGGAGAGAAAUUAGAUUUUAGUUUUGUAAAUUAA